CUGAUAUCAAAGAUAUCAAUUCCUGUGAAUGGAUUAAAUCUACGUAGGAUUUCAAGGAUUUAAUAAAUAUAAGAGAUAUAUAGUACUUGAAGAUGGCCGGAGAAGUUAUAGUGGAUGCGUUACCUUACAUUGAUCAAGGUUAUGAUGAUCCCGGUGUUCGAGAAUCAGCGCUGGCUAUGGUGGAAGAAGAAUGUCGUCGCUAUAGGCCCACUAAAAACUAUCUAGAGCAUUUAGCCCCACUUUCGACCUCAACAUUCGAGACAAAAUUAAUGGCACAGGAAUUUGAACGGAUUCAAAACAGAGUACCAAUGGAGACGUUAAGUAUGAAACGUUACGAACUACCUCCACCCUCCGGCAGCCGUCUUUCGGAAGUAUCUGCUUGGGAAGAAUCCAUUGACAAUUCUAAAGCACAGCUGGAACACCAAUGGGUGCGUGCCAUGAACCUUGAACUUAUGCUGGACUAUGGCAUAGAAGCUUGGAAGGCCUAUUUGGAAGUAUUUGUCGCUCUACAGGCAAAGGCUCAAGUGCAGCUGCAAGAACUCAAGAAAGAGAUCCAGGAUGUUAACUGGCAAAGGAAGCAAGCCCAAACCAAAGCUGGAGAAAAACUCAGGUCUCUAGAGGCGAAUUGGGUAUUGCUGGUAUCUAAAAACUAUGAAAUCGAACAGCAGUGUGUCGAAUUGGAGAAACAAAUAUAUGAUAUUCGACAAAAGAUCGAACAGGAAACCAAAGAAAUGCAAGGCGACGAUGAUAAAAUGGAGCAAGAUUUUCCAGAGAAUGGAAUAAACAGCGAAAAUAGUAAUAGUACUGCAGAGGAUAAACCACAAGAUGAUAUUGAACAGCAACUUGAACCCUCAGAAGACUAAUAUUAUUAAAUUAGUUAGUAUUGCAAUAAAUCUACAAUUAUUAUCUGGAACAAUA